AUGAUUCAUCAAGUUGAAUUUGAUAGUCUUAGUAAAGAGGUGAAAAAUGCCUAUACAGAAAGAGAUACAUUAAUUAAACAAUGGGAGAAUGUGAUCAAUCAAAUGAGGCAACGUGAUAUUGAAUUAGACCAUUUUUCACAGCGCCUAAAUCAAGCAAAAGCUCAAGUUUGUGAACAAAAACAGUUGAACAAAGAAAAAUUGAAUUUUCUUCACUUACAAGAAGAAAAUAAUGCUGAAGUGAAACGUAAUUUGAAUGAAAUUAUCAAAAAUAUAGCUCAGUUUAAACAAGAUUUAACUGAUACUGAAGCGAAACGUCAAGAUUUCCAUAGUGAGCUAGAAGCAUUAAAACGUACUGUCGAUAAUGCUGUUGCAGAUUUAGAAGCAGCAAGAACUGAAAGUGUACAAAUUAAAAAAGAAAAAGAGAGAAAAACUCAAGAUCUUGAGAAAAUUAAAGAAGCCGUUGAAAAUGCACGUACACGCUUAUCAUAUGUAACAGAGAGUAAAUUAACCGCUGAACAAUAUGCUGAUGAAGCAGAUAAACAAUUAUCAUCACAAGAAUUAAAUCAUGAAUUAUACAGUAAACAAUUGGAUAAAUUACGUAAUGAGAAGUUUAAAAUUAGUCAAAAAUAUGAAGAAUUAGUUCAAGCAGAGAAAGUAUUGAAACAGACAAUUUCUGGUAGUUUAGCGACAAAAAGAAAUUUAACUGAAAAAAUUCAACAACUAGACGCUCAACUACUGAAACAGCAAGAAGUACUAUAUCGUCAGGAUUUCAAUAUACAAAAUUUGGAACGUCGUAUUAAUAGAAUGCAAGGUGAACAAAAUUUACAGGAACAAGAGAAAAAACAAGGAAAAAUUGAUGAAUUAACAAAACAUUUAAAUGAACAAAAUAAUACUAUCACCUUAUUAACAAAUCAACUUGGAAAUUUAGGUAGAGAUGUUCAUCGUGUAAAACGUGAACAUGAAAGUUUAUUGAAUAAGAAUGUAACACUUGAAAAUCAACUCAAUACAAAUGAAUUAGAAAUGGAUAUUAUGUUGAAAGAGAAACAACAACAUUCAAUUAAUUUACAAAAACUUCUUGUUGAUAAAAAUCUUAAAAAAUUAGAAGUUAAACGACUAACAAAAAUAUUUCAACAAUAUUCAGAUAAGAGUUAUGAUUUGCAAAAAAUUCAUGAAGAGUUAAAUGCAACAAUUAAACAACGUACAGAACAAAUUAAUCUACAUCAAACAAUGUUAAAUAAACAAAUAAAAAUUAAUGAAACAGAAAAUAGUCAAUUGAACAUUGAAAUUCAAGAGCGUAAAUCAAAAAUUGACAAGUUGAUUAAACGAUAUGAAAUAUUGACUGCACUCAUGGCACCUCCAGAUGGUGAGGAGACAAGAAAUCAAGCCUAUUACAUAAUUAGAGCUGCACAAGACAAGGAAUUACUUCAGCGUAAAGGUGAUACAUUGGAUAAUGAAACACGUAUACUUGAACAAGAAAUUGUUGCACUUGAAAAUACACUAGCCUUAAUGAAUGGUUGUAAUACAGUCUAUCGAAUGAGUCAUUCAAAACUACCAGAUAAUGCUGAAGAAAUACAACAACAAAAGGAAUUGAAUGAACAAAUUCGUGUAUUGAACAUUAAAUCACGUUAUGAUAAUACACGCUUGAAAGAAUUACACGAAUUAUACAGUACAAUGGAAGAAUCUUCAAUCCGAUUAGACAAUGAUAUUAAAGUGUACAAAGAACAAACUAGAAAAUUAGAACUUGAAGUUGAACAGAAAUUAACAGAGAUUGAGAAACAAAAUGAACGAUUAAACAGAGCUUCAGAAAGACUGGAAAAAGCGAAACGAUUAGUAAAAGAUAAUCAAAAUGAACUGGAAAAAGAUAUUGAAACUCGACUUGUCAAAGAGCUUGUUAAUCAUGCAACAACUGAUCUAUUGAAUCGUGUUAAACAGGAUAUGAUAAUUUAUGAACAAGCUCAAGUGAUGCUUUCAUCCUCUGGAUUACCAAUAACUAGUAAUUUGAUAGGUGGACAACAUCGACUUACUAGUGGUGUUACUCCAUCGAUAAAAUCAUUUACCAGUAGUAAUAGUAGUAAAACAACACCUACACCAGUUAAUGGUUCAAUAACAACUUCACCUGAUAGUACAAAAUACUCUUCACGAGUAUGUUCACCAAGAAAUGAAUCAACUUCCAGUGAUGAUGGUCAACACAGGCAGAAUGAUGCUGAUGAUGGUAACAGUAGUCAAGAUGUACAGGAUUCAUCGAAACCUACUGGUGGAAGAAACACUUAUGUUAAAGAUAGGCCACUAAGUACAGCUUCAAUUGACUUGUCACAGCAAACUCAACUGCCGACACCACCACCACCACCACUAAUACUACAGUCUAGUCAACGUAUAUCCAAAACAUCCAGUAGUUCUGGUAGUAAUGAGUCUAAACGGAAAUCAACAUCUAGCAGAAGCAGCAGUCGGAAAUAG